ACCAACAUUGGGCAGUAGCAUACCGUAGUGCUGAGAACGCAAUAUGGGUUCGAUCCAGGAGGCGCACAGGCCCACAAGUGUUCUGUGCGCACGAGCGAUGCAUUGGUAUCUUAUCUAGGCGCUCAAGUCAUAAUAGAAUUGGCUUCUCCCGCUGCUGCUCACGGUUAAGAAGGCGGGCAGCGAUCCAAGUGUCCAUCUUUCCACUCCCAAUCCCUUCACAAUCGAUGGCUCAGACUGUACGCAUCGAGAUCCCCGCCACCUGGGCGGGGCUUUUCAUCAACAAUGAGUUUGUGUCGUCUGUGGACUCGCAGGAGCGCAUCGAAGUCAUCAACCCAGCAACGGAAGAAACCAUUUGUUCUGUCGUCGCCGGGUCCAAGGAGGAUAUUGAUGUCGCCGUCGCCGCUGCGCGCGCCGCUUAUUCCACCACCUGGGGCAAGAAUGUUACGGGUUUUGAGAGAUCUCGCCUGCUGAACAAGCUCGCCGAUCUUAUGGAGCGCGACAUGCAAGUGCUUGCGGAAGUAGAAAGUCUCAACAACGGAAAGCCUGUUAAAAUUGCAAGAGACUUCGACAUUGGUGACAGCAUUCAGUGUCUACGGUACUAUGCCGGGUGGGCAGACAAGAUCGUGGGCCAAAAUUCCUUGGAAUUACCCCAUCAACAUGUGGUAAGGGCUUCUCGGUGCUUUCAUUUAAUAGCAUUGCUCGCUCCCGCCCUUGCAUGCGGGUGUACCAUUGUCAUGAAACCUUCUGAAUUAACCCCUCUGACGGCCCUCAUGUUGUCCAAGCUGAUCGCCGAAGCUGGGUUUCCCCCAGGUGUGGUGAAUACCGUACCCUCGCUGGGACCUAUCGGUGGCGCAGCCCUUUCACAUCACAUGGAUGUUGACAAAGUGGCGUUCACCGGAUCGACUCUAACGGGCCGUAAAAUUAUGGAGGCUGCAGCCAAAAGUAACUUGAAAAAGGCAUGCCAUAUUCGCGAGCUGGGUGGCAAAUCUCCCCAUAUCAUUUUUGAGUCGGCAAAUCUUGACCAAGCGGCCAAUUGGGCAUGUCUUGGUAUCCUAUACAAUACUGGCCAGGACUGCACAGCUGGUUCUAGGCUAUACGUCCAAGACACCAUAUACGACAAAUUCUUGGCCCUUUUGGUGGACAAGGCAAAGCAACUUGUGAUUGGUGACGGUUUUGAUGAAAAGAGCGGAGGUGGCCCCGUGCGCAAUAUGACAAGAUAUGGAGCUACAUCGAGAGUGGGAAGGUCACACGGGGCAAGACUGGUGCUUGGUGGCGAAAAACGCCAUGGAAAAGGUUUCUUUGUGGAUCCGACUAUUUUCACGGACGUGACGCCCGAUAUGAGGAUAAUUUUUGGGCCCGUUUUGUCAGUCGGCCGAUUCAAAACCGAAGAAGAAGCGAUCUCCCUUGCGAACGAUACAAGCUACGGUCUUGGCGCCGGUCUCCAUUCAACGGAUGCUAGCCAAUGCAUGAGAGUUUCCUCCGCGUUGGAAGCGGGAACUGUUUGGGUCAAUCAGUAUAAUAUCCUGGGCAACAAUGUCCCAUUUGGCGGGAAAAAACAAAGUGGAAUUGGUCGCGAGCUCGGCAGCUAUGCGCUCAAAGAGUAUACGGAAGUUAAGGCCGUACACUGGAACUUUGGCGAGCAAGCAGACUGGCCGUUGUGAUUCAGAAAUCGUUUGGUUUUCUAGGACAUGAACGGAAGCGUGUAGGUUGUCUUGUGUUCGACUGUGUAAACUAGUAUGGUGUAAAUCGACGAGUUACCAAACUGCGAACUUGUGGAUCUCAUCCCUCUAAAUCGGGUGUUUUUCCGUCUUGGGAAUGGUCGAUCAUGCCCAACACCUGUAUUAUAUGCCCACCUCGAG